UCCGAAGUGGCGGGGGUCGUGUCGGUCUUUUUCACGCACGACAGCGGCCACGGCGGCUUAAGUAAUAAGAAAAGAAUAAAAAAAAAGAGAUAAAAGAAACGGCCCCGGCUGCCACGUGUUGCCACGACAGCCUGGCAUUUAUUACGGCAUCCCGAAUCAUAAGAGCGUGAAGACCGAGAAGAUGACACAGUUACACAGUGAAAAAAGACACGCGUCGCGAGCUAAUCAGCGGGACGAUACGAGUGUCGAUUGAUGCAUAUGUACACGAGAGUAAAAAAAAGUGGUGAAGUGUGGAAAAUUAGGUUGCGAUUUGAGGAAAACGCGUGCAAAGUCAUCAAGAGAUUCACACGAGAUUACGCGGGAGAUUCCUGGAUCGCGACGACGGGGAAGAAAACGGUGCGGGAGGACCGAGAGCGCAGACUCCGAAACUACGAGCGACGCAAUCGACCGGUUCCUUGAGAUCUGGCGAGAAGAGGCGUGAGAACGACGGAUGCCCCUGUGAAACGAUCCCUCAGCUGACGUCGGUAUGGAAGGAGAGCGCACCGAUAUCUCCUUGCUGACGAGCGCCAUCGGGGAAGACCUGGCGGAGAACCCGAAUUCGAACAGACCGCAACGAUCCGAGACUUACCAUCAUCGCCAUCACCCCCACGUCAAAGUUAUUCCCAAGAAGACCAAAGAGGAUCAAAAUGGCCCGCUAUUAGCGGAUUUCGACGAGGUUAUCAAUUACGUCGAUUAUUUCGAGUUGAUCCAGAAGUGGUUAUCGCGGAUUUUCCAUUGGUUUCCGAAGAUGUGCUCCUGCUUCGAUGGCAAUUCCGCGCUACCGAAUAGUCGAACAGUCGGUCGUAGUGCAAGCUACGAGCGACUCGGUUCCGAUCUCACGAUCUUCGAACUCAACAAUACGAUACGAAGGAGUCGAAGAGAAGAUCAGAACUUGAUCGAUAACGAAAGACAAGAAGAAUUGCGGUUCUAUAACAACGAUCAUACUUUUACCACCCUGAUCGUAGAGAAGAACCUGCGAACGAUGGACUUGUGUGAAAUGCUCAAAGUCAGGAAAAAUACGAUCGGUGCUGCCUGGUCGAUAAUCGAGGUGUGGCCAAAGUUAGGAAUUGAACGUACAGUAGAAGACCACGAAGACAUUCUGGCUGUCCAUAGAGAACUGGAAAUGUUUGCUUCGCGUUACGAGAGGAGGUUCUAUUUCAGUGAAGACUUUCUAAAAUAUGAAUUGUUUGUUAAUCCUAAGCAAUUUUUUCCCACCGACAUGGUCGCGUUUCCAAGCGGAGAAGACCGGGGCACAUUCACAGAAGCCGAGAGCGCAUUAAAGAAUUAUUUGUUACGAGAGGACAGCGAAUGUCCACAAGUAUUCAGCAUGGUGUGGAUGCGACAUGUGAACUCGGACGGCUGGAAAAAGAUCUACAUGCUGCUUCAAGGCCGGAAACUCUACACGACGAAGAGGGCUAUCACGGCGCUACCGAGACGACUUUUGGACAGCGAAUACCUGGUCCCGAUCGCGCACUUGUCGGACUACAACGUCUACAGGAUACCGAACGCAAAGCGAGUGUUCGGCGCACCCUUCGAGUGGGGCGCCUGCCUGCGGCCGAACAGCAACGCCGAGGCAGAGGAUACGAAGUCGGGAGAACCCGGGAUCAAGGUCAUCGCUUUCGAGAACGAAAAAUCGCGCACCUGCUGGCUCACAGCCAUGAGACUCGCUAAGUACGGCAAACAGCUCCGAGAGAAUUACCGAGCCUUCAAGAACAAGCAAUGCGAGCAGAACGGCAGCGGCAGCCCGAAAGAACAAUACAGCAGCCACAAUGUGUCCAACGAAUCCAUACGAUCACGCGUGGCGAUGGACUUCACCGGUAGUGUGGGGAGGAUAGUUGAAGAUCCCAAAGAAGCUAGAGACAUAGCCGAAAAUGAAGGUAUGGUCUGGCGACGAAGAUGGCGACCGUUCUCGCGAACACCACCGGGAUGCGCCAUGAUGAGGCUGCAUGGACUCGACAGCGGCAUACAUGUUCUUCAACCUUGGUUCCACGGCAGCCUCAAGAGAGAGGUCGCGGCGGCUAUUAUAAGGGAUCACGGCAGCGUCGAUGGCGUGUUUCUGGUGAGAGAAAGCAAGAGCAAUCCAGGAGCCUUCGUGCUGACUUACAAGUACAACGACAGGAUCUUUCACGCGCAAAUCCAGCCCAUCUUUGACGAACGUCGCAAUUGCUGGCUGUACACUCUCGACAAAGGAGCGACCAAGUUCUACGACCUGCUACAGCUGGUCGAGUUCUACCAAUUAAACGCGGGCUCGCUGCCUACACGGCUGACCCAUUACGUGCAGAACGGGGUAAAGCCGCCACUUCACAAGCCGGAAACCGACGGCGCGUCACCAUCACCACCCGAAGGCAGUAGCCAGCGGAUCACCAGCAGCGACAAAGUUGCCGCCGAGCUGUGCGUCAAGCCGAGCAGCAUUUGAGUAUAGGACAGUCGGCAACCUGCUGAUGUUGUCGACGGCGAACGCUCGACGCUCACCGCUUCCGCCAUCACAAACGGGCUUUUCACUCCCGUCAUUAUCACCGACAACGUCGUGACGAUGCAUAGCGGCAGCGACAACAAUCGCCUGGAAAACAACAACAGCGGCAGCGGGAAUCACGACAGUGUCCGCGUGGCACGAUCGUCGGGUUGUUGGAGCUUGUGUCUCUGCAGUUGCAGCAAGUGGAAGUUGUAGCGCGAUCAGCGACAGAGGCAGCGAAGCGAUGUUCAAGUACGCGCGAGGAUGAACGAUUGCCUAGCGAUGAAGACGGGAAAAAGAAGAAAAUUGACACGGCUUGAGCAUCGUCUAAUCAUCGAAAUAUUCCUCAAAUUCGUUCUAACGACGGAACAACGUGUGUAUUGACGUCACUGGGUCGGCUGACCCGUGCAACAGAACGACCAAUUUUUUGGGCGCGAGGCACGUAAUAACAUGGAAACAAUAUGAUUUUCGGGAAGUGAGAGCCGCAGGAUCGCUGUCGUACCAAGAGUUCUUUCAUUUUUAAAGUUUUUUAUUCACAUCUGUUUCGUUAUUCCGUUUACGCGGAGCCGAGUAGUAGCGUGAUGUUGAUGUUCACCGACAGCGAUUCUCAAACGAAAUCUUUUCGAUGUGUUUAAUCAUAUAUUAUUGUAUUAGUCGUCGUGUAAGGAUCUAUCUUGUCGUCUAGAUCUACCGAGAGAAUAUCCUCUCUCUUCAUUUUCUUCUUCAUCUAAAAUUCUCAGUGACGAGCGCAUCUAGGCAAUCAAAGAAGCGAUUUUUUUUUUCUUUUUUUCUUACCAUUUUCUAUAUGUCCACGUUUGCGCAAGCAUGGCGCGUACGAUUAGAUCACUAAUCGGCGACUUUGAUACGUCGUCCGUAAAGUUAUUCUAUGAGAAGAAGGGAAAAGUGUGACUCCGUGCACGUGUAUGCAUGAUGAUGCUUGGUGUACAUUGUAUGAAUGCAAAAAAAAGAUAAUGAGAAAGAGAAAUGGACGAGAGAGAAGUGUUGUUGCGGAAUAUAAUAUAGUGCAACUACAUGGCUAGCGACAGACUGUGCUCGUAUUCGUGAUUUGUACGAAAUUCGUUGAUUCUAACUAUUUGUAAUUCACUAUUUUCGCAAAUUUGCCAAAUGAACGAUAUUUUGAUGAAUUCAGAAAAUGUGGAGGAAACUCGAGUCGUAUUUUUUGAGAAGCGACAUGUCCAGUCAUCUAGUCAAUCGAUUUAUAUUGUUUCAUAUAUAGCGCUGUACGACAGGUUAUAUAUUGUGCUUGUUCGUGACAUUUCUUCGUAUUUUUACGCUCUUCGUAUUUUUACGCUUUUCUAAUUAUUUGAUCUGAGAAAGAGAGAGAAAGGAAUAAAUGACUGUCGAAGCACGGAUAAACAAUAUAUUGUGAAUUGCGAAUAAUAUGAAGAGUUUGUAUUAACGAAUUUUCGCGAAACACAGAUUACAAAUACGCGUGUAGUCUGAUACUAGCUUAUGUAGCGAGCCAGCAAUACAAGAGGAACAUGAAGUUCAUAUAUGUAUGCGUGUGAGAGAGAGAGAAAAAGUGAAGUGCAAUAGAAUUGGCGCGUAGUCUCCCCCUCCUUCCAUUUUUUUUCUUCGAUUUUAACCCGCAUCGCGCACACUGAGCAUCUCUCCCAUUUAGUUGUUUUCCCGAAGAGAAUGCGCGACAAAGUCAAUCGCGGACUAGUUAUCACACGACUUUGUCGCCUAACGACGACAGCGACGAAGAGUUUAGACGACGACGAAUGAAUUUAAAUGACGAAAGCGAGAGUAAGAGAGAGAAUAUCGAGGGAAAGGAGAGAGAAUGCAUGAUGUGUCCGCGUGUUCCGUUCAUUAACUGUUAAGGCUGUGUGUCAAGACGAGAUGACUUGGAAAUAAUAAUAUCGAGAUACAUCAUUAUCCCAGGGUGUUCAAAAUUAAAGCGAGACAGCUUCGUCGGCGGGGCAAGAGGAAGGGAAAAAUGGAUCACAGAUUUCUCGUGAAGGUGCCGAGGGUGUUUCGCGUUUUGUUUGCAAAAUUCUUAUUUGGCUUCGCGGUGUGCGCGAAGCCAAGACGUGACACGAAUUAUCGCCGUGGAACGAAGUGAGAAAGUGCACAUAACAUUAAUGAGUUUAAGAAAUACGAUUAGUGUAAGAAUCCUCGACGCGCGUUUGCGUCGAGGGACACGCUCGUGGAUACACGCUCCAAAAGAUUCGAAAGCGUGUUCCUCGGCAGACAUGAUCUCAUACUUUACAGAUGUUUCAGUUGCGUUAAGGCAUUUGUUGGUUAACACAAAUUCGAAGAUGAAAGAUUCAAUUAAUUAUUAUAAAACUGCUAAGAACGCGUAACAUUUGAAAUAAGGGAACGAGAGAGAAUGAAUGAAACCGAGUGAGAAAAAGGGUAUGUUUGUGCGUGACGAGGGAGACCAAGGAAGAAGGUCAUAUGCGGUUGAAACAUAAAGGAAGUAUGUCUAAAAACAAAAAAAAAACAUAUAUAUGUAUAUUUCAUGUUCUAAAUUAUACGAUUAAUUUUAUAUCCGGAAUAUUAUCGUCGAUCGAAAGCAUCGACGGUGUAAAGUUUGUGGGUGUAUAGCGUCAUCGGGUGCGAGCGUUGUCGUGCAUUCUAGAUUUAUGAUACGGAAAUUUUUAACACAAUGUUUUUUCGAGAAUAAUAAUAUGAAAGUCACAUAUAAGAUAAAAGUGAGAUCCGGCAGGAGCUGUGGAGUGUGCAGGGUAUGGACGCGAGAGAAAAUUAUUUACGCAAUGUAUUACGAUUCAUCGAAAAAACAGUACCAACCCCUUCCACCUCUCCAUCCCUAUAUUCGUACCUACUUUUUAAUAAUAUAUUUUUUCAUCGAUUAUAUAUUUAUUUAAUGUCGAAUGCCUACGCGUCAUGUCUUGAAGUGGUAAUUUUUGAAUAAUUCGAAGAAGUGCAGAUCUUACAUAGAAAUGUAACAACACAUGUGACACGAAGACACAAACACUCAUACACAUAAAAACAAAACACGGAACACGGACAAAAAUUGCAUUAAAUUUUAGAAUAGUAGCGCUUUAUAGAAUUAAAUAUUAGUAUAACAAAAUCUUCAUGAAUGGGUAUGAAAAAAAACAAUCUUCUGUAGAACGGUGGUGCGCAAACGCGGCGUUCAUCCCCGAUCCGUUCGCGCAAAGUUUUCUCACGAAAUUCAAGUUCAAGUUGAAUUAACGAAAUUACCUCUCGGAAUACGCUUAUUACACGCAAGAAAAAGAAAUUGUCCUUUCGGCCUUUCGUGUAAAUAUGUCUAUUUAGGCCUAAAUCCCGAACCAAGUUAUCCUCUUCCCGACUGUCCCGUCUAUCUGCGGACUGUUGACAAUUUGAAAAUCAAUUUUGAUAGCGGUUAAUCAAUGUUGAUUCUUCAAGUCGACACCGUGGGAAUCCUUCUUCCGCCUCCUUAUGAUCCGAGAACCGAACGUGAAACGAGACAGACGCCGGGUUCCUCGCGACCACCAGCGUAAAAGAAGCUAUAAAUAUUAUUAUGAUGAUUAAUUAACUACAUAAAUUAUAAUAAAAUAUAUUUUGUAUUAAUGUAGUCACGAAUUAAUACGGCAAACGCAGUGGUCUGUGAAGACUGAAUCUAAGUAAAGAAAAAAAAAAACCGUAAAUUAGUCCUGUGCGAGAAUUUCAUCGACGUCUGUUAAGAACAAUAAAAUGACCAGGUAACGGAAAGGUUAA